GCCCCUCUCAUUUUUUUCGAUUGUCUCUCACUCUCUGCCAGAGAGAGAGAGCGAAGGAAGACGCAAGAAUCCAAAAAUCAUAGUUUCUGAUCUGUUUUAUUUUCUUCCUCCGAUCUGAUUCAGAAGAAGUAAUGGGCGCGAAUUCGGGUCCGACGGACGCAACCUUGGAUCUCGAUGAGCAGAUCUCUCAGCUCAUGCAGUGCAAACCCCUCUCCGAGCAACAGGUUAGAGCAUUAUGUGAGAAAGCUAAGGAGAUUUUGAUGGAUGAAAGCAAUGUUCAGCCUGUCAAAAGCCCGGUGACUAUCUGUGGUGAUAUUCAUGGACAGUUCCAUGAUCUUGCUGAGCUUUUCCGUAUUGGAGGAAUGUGCCCUGAUACCAACUAUCUAUUUAUGGGAGACUAUGUCGACCGUGGAUAUUAUUCUGUCGAAACUGUUACGCUGUUAGUUGGCUUGAAAGUACGGUAUCCUCAGCGAAUCACUAUUCUUAGAGGAAACCAUGAAAGUCGUCAGAUUACUCAGGUUUAUGGAUUUUACGAUGAAUGCCUGCGAAAGUAUGGCAAUGCAAAUGUUUGGAAGAUAUUUACUGACCUCUUCGACUAUUUUCCGCUGACAGCCUUGGUGGAGUCAGAAAUAUUCUGCCUUCACGGUGGAUUGUCACCGUCUAUCGAAACCCUUGACAACAUUAGGAACUUUGACCGAGUUCAAGAAGUUCCACAUGAAGGACCGAUGUGUGACUUACUAUGGUCUGAUCCUGAUGACAGAUGUGGCUGGGGAAUCUCUCCUCGUGGUGCUGGAUAUACAUUCGGUCAGGAUAUCUCCGAACAAUUCAACCACAGCAACAGCUUAAAACUUAUCGCUAGAGCGCAUCAGCUGGUUAUGGAUGGAUUCAACUGGGCACACGAGCAAAAGGUGGUUACUAUCUUCAGUGCACCAAACUAUUGCUAUCGCUGUGGAAACAUGGCAUCUAUUCUUGAGGUUGAUGACUGCAGGAACCACUCCUUCAUUCAGUUUGAACCAGCCCCAAGGAGAGGAGAGCCAGAUGUGACCCGAAGGACACCUGACUACUUCCUAUAAACAAAAAGUCACCUCCUCUCUCAGCUGCAAGGUUUUUGAAGAUCUCUGCUUAUUCCAUUUGACAAUGCUGUUCUCUUUAAAAUCGCUUUAGCCUUUCUCCCUUGGAAUAGUGUAAUAUAGGCAGUGAGGUCAAUGAACUAUAAAACCCCUUUAUGAAUAUUAUGUGUUUUGGCUGAAAUUAUUCAGCUACCUUCUGCAUCAGAAUCUAUUUCUUGUGAGAUAAUAUUUUGAUUUAAUUUCAUGUUAUUCUCUUCCC